AUGAAAUAUCAAGGUCUUUUAAUAAUAGCUGCAUUUUUCAUUGCAUGCUUAUUAGGAGAGCAAGAGUUUCGAAUCGUUAAUAAAUGUCCAGUUUUUGGCUUAAAAGACCGCAUUUUUAUAGUAGAAAAAGGCUCAUUUCUUCCAUGGCUUUUUCCCAGCAGCUCAUCCUAUGCAAAAUUAUUUUCAGAUACUGAAUUUAUUUAUGAUUUUAUUGUUCCUCAUCUUACUCUCCUCCUAAUAAUAAACAAAAAUUUAACUUCUUAACUAAGCCCUUUUAAAUUGAACAAAAAUCUGUAAAAUUUUCCUUUAAACCCCCAUUUAAAAAGUGUAUUAAGUUAUUUUAAAAAAAUAAUCAACCCCCUUAAAUUGGAACAAAAUGUUUUUGUUCCAAUUAAAAAAGAUGGAUUAAAGAGUUUAAAACAAAAUUAAGACUAGUAAAUCUUAUAUAAUUUAUCAAAAAUUGUUUUAUUAAAAGAGUUUCUAUUAAAAUGAUUCAAUUUUAAGCUCACCCCUUAUAAUAAGUAAAUUCUAAUCUAUUCAUUGAAAUUUUACUUACUCCCCCCCCCUCCGUGAGUGAACAAAAAAUUUUGUUCACUCACGGAGGGGGGGGUUAAUUUUUUUUUUAAAAAAAUUUAUAUAUAAAUUUUAUAAAAAAUAUUUUUUUUCGAAAUUUAAAAAAAUCCUAAUUCGCAAAAAUUGGAAAGCAAAUAUUAAUUCAAUUUGCAAAAUUUAUGUUUUAAAAAGCAAUUCGUUUAAAAAUAAACAGAAUUAGCUCUAGAUUUCAUUAUAAUAAUUAUCAUUUAUAUAUCAAAUUUUUUUUCCAUAAAAAAUUUUUGUUCACUCACGGAACGGAGGGUGGGUUUUUGGGCAAAAAAAUAGCGAUUUUUUCUAAUGGUUUUGUUCACUCACGGAGGGAGUUAGCUAUUUUUUAUCCUAAAGACACCUUAUAAUCUGCUAAAUGUUGCUUAUUAUUAGAGAGUUAGAGAAGAAGAAAAAUGCACCAUUAAAGACUCUGACAAAUUCAAAAUGAUGUUUCCUUCAGCUAUUUGGUUACCUGAGAAAGAGAUGUUUUUGACUAUAGUAAGAAUCAGUAUAAACAGCAGAAAAAGUUUUUUAUAUGCAAGUCUAUAUGAUUCAGAUUGGAAUGAAAUAUUUGCAGAGGAAAUGAUUGGUAGAACACUGGUCCCUGGAACUUUGUUUAUUGAUGGUCCAGAAUGAGGCAUGCAGAAUCUUGGACCUGAAGAUCCAAGGAUUUUUAAAGUAAAUGAUAAUGAAGUUUAUGUGAUUUUUAACAUGCUGGACUAUGAUAACAAAAGGAAAAUGUGAUUAUAUAGCUUUUCAAGUGGCGCGUUUUAUCCAUUAUCAUUAAGUAUACAUAAAGAGUUAAAUUUUUAUAUAGAAAAAAAUUGAACACCUAUAAUAAUUGACGACGGGUGUAUUUAUUUUGUAUAUAAUUACAAAAAUUUUCAAAUUAUUGAUUGCACUGAUUUAACCAAUCCAUGCACACAGAUUUCAGGAAAAUAUGAUAAAACCCCCAGCGGACUAAGAGGAGGAUCUCCAUACAUUCAAUACCGCUCUACCGAUUACUACAUCUCUCUAGCAUAUACACACAUAGAAUUUUCCAAAGUAAAUAACAGAUGCCAUAUUUAUCGUCCAAGUCUUACACUCGUAAAGGUAUCCAAAAAUCCUUUGCAUUUUGAGCUGAUUUACACAAGUGAGCCUUUGGAUUUCCAAGGAAAAUUAUUUCUGGAACCUAUAACAAAUUAUAAAAGUUUGGAAGAUGUAGGUCUUUGUGGGGAUGGUAGGAUUAUGAUGGCUCUAUCAAUAUCUAGGUGAAAUUAUGAAAAAGAUGUCGUAGAUAUUACAUUUAGCUUAAACGACACAAUUCCAGUUGCUGCGAAAGUUUCAGGAUUGACUGAGCUGGUUGAUGAGGUUAUUUUCUGAUAUGAAAAGGAAAAAUUGCCUAGAGAAGAUAGAUGUGCGGAAAGAUUGGCGUAUGUAAAUUAUGAUGUUGACCAAACUAAAAGAAAUAGAGAUAAAGUGGAGGUUUUAGAUGCGCAUUAUGUUGCUGACUCCCCCAUUAUAAGUAAUUUCUUGCAUAUUCACAGAAUUUUUUCCUAAAUCUCCAAAUUAUAAAUUUAAUAUGAAAAUACGAAAAUUAUUAUUAUUGAGAGGUUUUCAGAUAAAAAGUGAAAAAUGCAAAAUUUUAGGCAUUUACCCCAAUAAUAAGUAAUCUCAAUCAAUUCAUAUUAAAUUUAAAAAAAUUGUGCAAAACUCCUCACUAAUAAGCAAGAAGUUGCUUAUUGUCGAAGGAGUUAGUGGAAAUAA